AUUGUCCACCUUGCCACACAUUGUAAAGACUUGCUAUCGCUGGAUUGUUGCCGUAUUGUUGCCGACGUGUUAUCGGAUUGUUGCUGCAUUAUUGCCGGAUCGUUGCUGCAUUAUUGCCAGAGCGUUAUCGGAUUGUUGCUGUGUUGUUGCCGGAGAGUUGUCUGAUUGUUGCUGUGUUGUUGCCGUAGAAGUGUCUGAUUGUUGCUGUGUUGUUGCCGUAGAAGUGUCUGAUUGUUGCUGUGUUGUUGCCGGAUUGUUGCUGGACUGUUGCUCGAUUGCUGUCAACAGGCUGACGUUAGGACUGGUGUUUGUCAGAGAGUCUGUGAAUAUCAACGUCAGCAUCAUUUUAGUUGUGAAUUUUGUACUAUCUGCACGUGCGCAGGAAGAACAGGUUGCAGCAACGGGCCAUGUCGGCUGUGGAAGAUGAAGAUGUGGAGUCGAAGGAAGCAGCGCCAGACGUUCACGACGACGGUGAAAAAUCGGGGACAGCUUUGCGGUACACUCUCACAAAACCACCACCGAUUAUAUUCACCAUCGGCGCUGCCCUGCAGCACACGUUGAUGUGCGUUCCUUCAUUUCUGGUUGGGAGUUCCCUGGCCGCUGAUAUCGUGGGUGCGGAACAUGACAGUGUUAUCAGAAGCAAGCUCUUCUCCACCAUAAUAUUUAUGUCAGGUGUCUGUACGCUGCUGCAGACGGCUCUAGGUGCCAGGCUUCCGAUUAUCCAGGGUUUAUCGGCAGCAUUUCUACCUGUCUUGUUGACAGCACAGAGAAGUCCGGAGUGGACCUGCACAGAGAGCAGCACAAACAUCAACAGCACACACAGCAACAGCACAUACGUCAACAUCACAGACGAUACUAAUUCAACCCCAGGUACUGCAUCAAUGGCCGACGUGCUGUCCUGUCUGACUCCCGAAGAUAAACUGAGAGAGAUAUCUGGGAGUUUAAUGGCUGCCUCGACUGUUGAGAUUUUCCUUGGCGGAACAGGACUUGUUGGUCAUCUCAUGAAGUUUGUGGGUCCAGUGACGGUGGCCCCCACCAUUGCUCUGGUGGGGCUCAGCGUGUACAAGGUUCCCAUUGCCUACACCCGGUCGUCAUGGGAACUGGCCUUACUGUAA